AUGGUCAACCAGCAUGUGGGCACGCUCCUCAUAGCCAGCGACAACAUCUCGAGGUCUGAGGUUGUUUUCAAGAUUGACCUCACAGCAGUGGGCAGGUUGUCACCGGAGUCUUCCAUGCACAGCGUACAGGUCGGCGAGAAUGUGCACGUCGAUUUGUUGAAAGUGCCAGACGAGAAGGGUGGACAAGCGAGAUAUUUGAGCCACUUGAACGAGCCGAAUCUGUUGGCCACCGUUACUGACUGUCUCACCUUCAGCGCCGUGCGUGAGAUCCUUGCAGGAGAGGAGCUCGGCUUUCACUACUGCACUACUGAGUGGACCAUGAAAAGUCCUUUCGUUUGUGCUCGCGACGGUGGCAGAGUCCAAGGCUAUGCUCAUUUGGAUCAAGCUGCUCGGCUAAAGCUACAGCGAGGAGGGCUGCUAUGCGCGCAUGUGCAACGCUUGGCCGAGAAGCUGUAA